AUGCUUGCAGCUGUCGGCCAGCCAGUGCCCAAUACAGAACACGCGGUGAGCGUGUCGUUGCCGUCAUGGAAAGCCACGGUGGGCUACGAAAGAGGAGAGGACUGGGUCGUCUCGAAGAUGAAGACAGGAUACCCGCGGUUCUUCAUCCAUUUGACGAUCCAGGAGCUGCAAACCGAAAUCCUCAACCUGUACGGCCGGCCUGGCGAGAGCGUGAUGCUCUUUCCCUCCGCGGCGACGGCGAUGCGAUGCCAAAGAUUUAUCUGCGACAGAGCUGAAGGAUUGGAGCCCGGUUCAGUGCGGGUCUUGCAAUUACAGCCCGUGGUCAGCCAGAAGAAAAGUGUCGAAACGACAUUAUCAAGUCUGGCCUGCGUGUUCUUCCCUAAAGAGCAUUUCGCUGUGGCAAAGCAGGUCUGGCAGCAUUCCGGCGACGGGAUUUCCAGUCGCCGCGGCGAGUUCUGCCUGAAGGCGCUGAAAGAUGGUCUUCUCCGACCCGUCGCAACGCCGUCAUCAUCUUCUCCGUCUUACGCGAAACCAGGACAUGACGAUUUCUACCAUAAGGGUCCUCGCCGAUAUCAGCGGGGGGCAUCGCGCAAUGGAGUUCAUCAUGACGCCUUCUCUAGUACCACGAAUUCAACCUCAACCCAUACACCCCUCAGUGAGCGUGCUCUGGCGCAUGAACCCACCACAACACCUCCAGUCGAUGUUGAUGCCGACGCGGAAGACAGGGAUCACGCGCAAUUUGUGGAGGAGCGGUUCGGACGAAACCUCAACGUGAAGCUAGCGACGCAAGCGAAGCUCGCCAUCCGGCGUCGAAUCAGCGGCUGUCUCACCGACGACUCGGACCUCGACCAAGCGCUAGCCAAUUCGCGCGACGAGAGCAGCGGACGCCAACGCGGCCUUUCCGAAGACGACGUUUAUCUAUACCCGUGCGGGAUGUCGUCCAUAUUCAACACGCACCGGAUCCUCCUCGCGCACGCCGAAGCCAAAGGCGAAGAACCGCGCCGGAGCAUCUGCUUUGGGUUUCCCUACAUCGACACCCUGAAAAUCCUGGAGAAAUGGGGUCCAGGGUGUCAGUUCUACGGCUUCGGGAGUUCGGCAUGUCUAGACGACCUCCAAAAGCGACUGGAGGGCGGCGAGCGGUUCCUGGCCCUCUACACCGAAUUCCCCAGCAAUCCGCUCCUCAAUGCUCCCGACCUGAUCCGCAUUCGACAGUUGGCCGACAAAUACGGGUUCGCGGUCGUCGUGGACGAGACGGUGGGAAGCUUCAUCAACAUCGACGUGCUGAGCCACGCCGACGUGGUGGUCAGCAGCCUGACGAAAGUCUUCAGCGGCGACAGCAACGUCAUGGGCGGCAGUGCCGUGCUUAACCCGCAGAGUUCCUGGUACGCCGACCUCAAACAUCUCAUGGCCCGUGAGUACGAGGACAACUACUGGGCCGAGGACGCGGUGUUUCUGGAACGCAAUUCCCGUGAUUUCAUUUCGCGGAUCGAGAGGAUCAACGUCAGUACCGAAGCCAUCGCCUCUACGUUGAAGUCUUGUCCGUUGGUCAAGCAGGUUUACUAUCCCAAAUAUAACCCCUCGCGGCCCAACUACGACGCCUGUCGCACCCCCAACGGCGGCUACGGUGGGUUGCUGUCCGUCACCUUCCACCAUCCCGAACAGGCUGUUGCGUUCUUCGACGCUCUCGAGGUCCAGAAGGGUCCUAGUCUGGGAACGAACUUCACGCUGGCGUGUCCCUAUGCCGUUCUGGCGCAUUAUGUGGAAUUGGACUGGGUGGCUAGUUGGGGCGUCGAUCCUGACAUUGUUCGACUGAGUGUUGGAUUAGAAGAGCCUGACGAUUUGACCGGGAGGAUUGAGAGGGCGCUCAAGGCGGCCGAAAAUGCUAAGACGGGAGAAUAG